CCGGGGUGUUUUCGCGCUUUUCCGGCGUCUCCCGGCUUGGGUGAACCUCUGCAGCACCCGUAGGCCGUGGAUCUGAAAGUGCGGGUCCAAAAUGGAAGUGAAUCCCCCCAAACAAGAGCACCUGCUGGCGCUGAAAGGUCCUGUGCCCUGUGGUAUGACAAGAGAGUCAGUGUUGUAUUAAUACAUUACAUUCUAGCUCUGAAGAAUUCAGCCAAGAACUAAUGGAUUACUGCAGAAUGACUACGGAAGUAAUAUUACAUUAUCGACCACAUGAGAGUGAUCCCAAACAACUGCUAAAAAUUGCAGAAAAGGCAAUUCAAGACUUCCCUACUCGUCCGUUAUCAAGAUUCAUUCCUUGGUUUCCACACGAUGGGUCCAAAGUUCCACUCAAACCUAAAGGAUUACCACCGGUCAUUUGUGGAGAGGCAGCUGAGAAUGUCAAACAGUGCUUAACUAUUUCAGACCAUAAUAUUAAAUCAAAGAGUUAUGAUUGCACAGUAGAUCUCUUGGAAUUUCAACCCAAUUUGAAAAAACGGUCUUUAAUUCAGUCACAGACACUGAAAGAACAGACUAAUUCUGAAAAUCUGGACAAAAAUUCAGAAAAAGGAAAACAACACAAGAGGUCUUGGAGUAUUUCACUUGUCAGAAAAAAUUGUACAGGAAAGAUUACCCCUUUGUCUAAAAAGCUACAGGACAGUUUAAAGACACUAAAUUUGCACUCACUUUAUAGAGCAAGAUGGACAAUAGAACACACUGUUUGCAACAAUCAGACCCUGGAAGACAUUUGGGCUAAACUCAAUCACAUUAUUAGGCAUGGUGAACUUCCUUCUUGUAAUGCUACAAUUCAGAGAUCUUUAGGCCAAAUAUGGGUGUUCUGUGAUAUUAUGUACUGUGAAUAUGUAGGAAAUCUUCUUAAAGGAAGAUUAGCUCUGACUGGGAAAAUUGAUUUAUUUGUGCAUAAGUAUGGUGUUAUUUUUAGUAUGUAAUGAAUUCUACUGGUUGUCAACCUUAUUCUAAAUGGACUGAGUUAGCACAAUGAAUAAAUUCUAAUGGUCAUUAACAUUC